CAGCAAUUACGAUAAGAAUAACAAUAACAAAAGCAAUAUUAAGUGUUACAACAACAACAGUAACAACGAUAAGAGUAACAAUAACAAUAACAACAACAGUAUUAAAUGUUACAACAAGAACAGCAACAACAAUAACGAUAAGAAUAACAAUAACAACAACAAUAUUAAGUGUUACAACAUUAUCAACAACAACAGCAACAACAACAACAACAACAACAAUAACGAUAAUUAACGACAAUAAUAAUAAAAACAAAAUGCUGUUUAUUAGUGAGAAACGAUAA